UACCCAGCAGGGUAAUGCAAUGUUUGUGGAAAAACAACAAACCAGCUCAGCGAGCCAACCAACCAACCAACCACAGUAUUAUUCUAAAUGGUGAAAGAUUGCAAAGAUAUCUGGGUGUUCAUGUGCAUAAAUUGCAAAGUACUGGUUUAUGCAGGUACAUCAGGUGUGAACGGGAUGGCCUUUCUUGUGAAGAAUCUUCUCCAGGUGGUCAAGAAGCCUCUGUGGCAGUUGAGCAAGUGUUCAGCCCUCUGUAGGCCAUCAGUCGGUUCAGUGACACAUAAGCAUUUGAGUAUGGUGGUUACAGUGAAGCCCAAAAUUGGGCCGGAUCCCCUCAAGAUAGUGAGAUUUGCUGCCAUGCCGUUUCUUCAACAGUACCAACUACAAACUGUACAGGGAAUGGCAGGAAUGAAAACUAAGACUUCUGUAAAGAAGCGAUGCAAGGACUGCUUUUUUGUGCGUAGACGGGGACGUUUAUAUGUGUACUGCAAGUCUCAUCCCAGGCACAAACAGAGACAGGGCUAACCUGGAGAGUUGAACUUUAGUAAAUCACAACAUGCAAAUUACAACUAACAUAGAAUUUUGUGCUCCUGUUAAUGAUACCAUAUCAAAUAAAAUAAAAUUUCUUCUUUGGAAUCGGAA